AUGUAUCCAGUGAAACGAAAAAUAAGUUUCGAUGAUUACUCGAACAAGGAAACAAACAAAUUACAAUGUAAAUUUGAUCAGAAAACAAUACCAAUAACGUCCAUUGAAAAUUUAUCUACUGAAAUAUUCUAUGAAAUAUUUGAUUAUCUUGAUGGUUAUGAAAUUUAUCAAGCAUUUUCAAAUCUUAAUCAUCAUUUUCAACAAAUAAUUAAUUCUUCAUCACUUUUGUUAAAAUUUAAAAUUGAUUCACCAUCCGAUCAAUCAUUUAUGAACAUAUACAAGCAACUUACACUAAUAAAUAAACGUCAAAUACUUUCAUUUAAUAUAGAAUUAACAUACAAAAGUAGUGAAUUAUUUACAUCAUAUUUUAUUGAUUCAUCGUUAGAUCAUCUCGAAUCUCUUGUACUUAUAGAAUUCGAAACAACCAUACUUAUUUCACUUCUUAUGAAGUUAACUUAUCUACCUCGUCUUUUUUCAUUAACAAUCUGUAUGUUUGAUACAUGGGAUGAAUUAAGUGAAAUCUAUUGUUUAAUUUUUGCUUUACCAAAAUUAAUAUAUAUUAAAUGUUCACCAAUAGAAGUUGGCGUAGGUAUUUCACUACCAAUUGCUACUAAUCAAAAAUCCAAUACGAUCGAAUAUAUUGUUAUUGAUCAUGUCUGUACAUUAGAUGAAUUUUGUGCUAUCCUAUCGUAUAUACCUCAACUUCGUCAUUGCCAUUUUAAAGAAGUAUAUGAUGAUAAUCAGAUAAAUAUUGAUACUACAAUACAAAUUAAACUCUUUAAUAUAAAAUGUAUUUCUAUGAAAGAUUGUGAAAUUGAAUUUGAUAGAUUUGAACAAUUAAUUAGAAAAAUCGGAUGUCAAUUACAAGUUUUACAUGUUACUAAUGAAUGUGAUAAUGACAAAUAUCUUGAUGCUAAUCGAUGGAAAACAUUGAUAUUAGAUUAUUUACCUCAUUUAAAAGAAUUCUUUUUAAAAUGUUAUAAAGAUGUUGAAAAUAAAUCUGCAAUUCGAAUAGAUUUUGAACGUAUUAAACUAUUUACUUCAUUAUUUUGGAUUGAACGAAAAUUGAUAUUAGAAAUGGAAGUUACUGAUUUCCAAAUCAUUUAUUCAAUUCGUCCAUUCAAAAAAAGAUGGUAUAAUAUCAAUUCUUUUAUAGACUUUUCUAAAUCUACUCAAUUAACUAUGACAUGUUUUCCUGGUGAUGAAUACUUCGAAACCUUCAGGAGUGCUAAUGGUACUGUUUUACCAGUAGCAGAGAUUUAUCACUUGGAAACUUCUAAACAAACAAUUAUAUCAGGUUCAUUAAUGAAGAUUCUUAAUGAAUUACCUGAACUUGAUUCAUUAAAAAUAUUUCGUUUAUCAAUAUCACAAAUUCGAUAUUCAUUUAUUGAUGAUCAAAAUUUUCGUUUGGUAUCAUAUCAAAAUAAAAUUACAAAAGUUUAUCUUGAAAAUGUGAAUAAAAGUGAAGAAGUUUAUUUUCUUCUUAAACUUUGUCCACGUAUGAAAUAUUUUAAAAUGAAUUUUAUUUAUAAUAUUGAUUAUAAAUUAUUUGUUAGAAAUUUUUUAAGAAUAAUAAAUAGUAAUCGUCAUCAAUAUCUUCAAUCAUUAUAUUUUCAAAUAUCAAAAAUAAAUAUUCAAAUAAUUAAUGAAUUAGAAGAAAUGAUCAAUCAUGAAAAAUUACUUCGUCAUUUUACAAUUAAGCAUAUACUUAAUUAUAUUCAUUUAGAAUGGAAAUUAAUAUAA